AUGGGCUUUGCGGUCGACGGAGGCUACACAGAGGAGUACCCUUCGUCGGCCGCAUACUUUGAACGGUACUUUGAAGUAUGCAACCAGGUGUGCGACAGCCCCCUAGUGGCCGCUCUGCCGUCCUCGUCCUUCAGAAGCUCGUCUCAGCUCAGCCCCAGCCAUGGACCAGUGUACGCCAAGGUCAACCGCAGAGAAGGAGCUGGGGGCUGGUCCCCUCUGGUCUCGGACUCGUACCAGUGGCUGGACGUGGAUUUGGGGAAGCGCACCUCCAUCAGCGCCGUGGCAACGCAGGGCAGGUACGGCAGCUCUGAUUGGCUCACGGCUUACCUGCUCAUGUUCAGUGACACGGGGCACAACUGGAGGCAGCACCGGCAGGAGGACAGCCUCGGGGCUCUCCCCGGGAACACUAACGCAGACUCGGUGGUGCAGUAUAAGCUGGAGCAGCCGGUGAUUGCGCGCUUCCUCCGGCUCAUCCCUCUGGACUGGAACCCCACGGGACGGAUCGGACUGCGGCUGGAAGUUUACGGCUGCCCGUACACGUCUGAUGUGGCCCGCUUUGAUGGAGGGAGCGCUCUGGUGUACAAACUCGCAGCCCGGCCGAGCUCCGCGGACACGGAGAGCGUCGCCUUCAAGUUCAAGUCCCUCCAGAACUCGGGGACGCUGCUCCACGCUGAAGGACGGGGGGAGCACGGCCUCACCCUGGUGCUGGAGAAAGGCCGACUGCUGCUCUACCACCGGCCAGCGGUGAGCUCCUUAUCCGCCGGUCAGCUUCUGGCCUCCGGGGGCAGUCUCCUGGACGAUGAGCACUGGCACUACGUGAGACUGGAGCGAGUGAAGAACCGUCUGAACGUGACGGUGGACAGCUCCACCCAGACUGUGCACCUGCCCGUGGAGCUCAGCCACUGGGACAUUCACCAGCUGAGCGUGGGUUCGGCGCAGACUCCCGGGCUCCAGAGACCCGUCCUGUCCAACAGAAACCUGAGCGGAUGUUUGGAGAACCUCAUCUACAACAACCUGAACCUCAUCGAACUCGCCAAGAAGAACAACCAGCAGGUCCACAUGCUCGGAAACGUCACCUUCUCCUGCUCUGAGUCGACCUCUGUCGCCGUGACGUUUAGCGACCCGCUCAGCUUCCUGUCGCUGUCGUUGCCGGGGUCGGGGCAGGUUGCCGUGGAGAUGCAGAUGCGGACGUGGAACAGGGCGGGGCUCCUGGUGACCUUUGCCCUCUCGGAGCUCGGGGGCGCGGUGUGGCUGUACGUGAGCGAGGCCAGGCUGAAGCUGUUGGUGCGGACGCAGCAGAGGAGCCUGGUGGAGCUGAGCGCAGGCUCCGGUCUGAGCGACGGACAGUGGCAUUCUCUGGUUCUGACCCUGAAUCUGGACAGCGUCAGUAUCUAUGUGGAUCAGAACACGGGAGCUACAGCGGCGCUCACAGCUCCUCUGUCUCUACGCACGAAUGAACAGCUCUACUUUGGAGGUUGCCCAUCAGAAGACAGCGCCCCCGAGUGUUCAAACCCCUUCGGUGCGUUCCAGGGCUGCGCGCGUCUGCUCUCAGUCAACGACCAGCCCGUCGACCUCAUCAAGGUGCAGCAAAGGCUUCUGGGAAACUACAGCCACCUCCAGAUCGACAUGUGUGGGAUCAUUGACCGGUGCUCUCCCAGUCUGUGUGAACACGGCUCCGUCUGCACUCAGUCCUGGAACAGCUUCCACUGCAACUGCUCCGACAGCGGCUACACCGGCGCCACCUGCCACAGCUCGUCGUUUGAGCAGUCAUGUGAGGCCUACAAACACCGAGGAAACACUACGGGACAUUACUACAUCGACCUGGACGGCAGCGGACCCGUCGGCCCCCUGCUGGUCUUCUGCAACAUGACAGACGACCGAGCCUGGAUGGUGGUUCAGCACAACAACACGGAGCUGACCCGCGUGAGCCCGUCUCCGUGGGAACCGCAGCACUCCGCCCACUUCGACUACGGCGCCGAGGAGGAGCAGCUCAUGGGCGUCAUCAACCAGUCAGAGCACUGCGAACAGGAACUGUCCUACUACUGCAGGAAGUCCCGCCUCCUCAACACCCCAGAUGGUUCUCCGUUCAGCUGGUGGGUGGGCGGUCCCGGAGCCGGCCAGGAGCAGUUGUUUUGGGGCGGAGCGGCGCCGGGGAGCAGACAGUGUUCAUGCGGACUUCAUCAGACCUGCCUGGACCCCUCCCACUACUGCAACUGCGACGCCGACCGGGACCACUGGACAAACGACUCCGGUGUGCUGACUCAGAAGGACACUCUCCCCGUGCGCUCGCUGCUCAUCGGAGACGUGCAGAGGGCGGAGUCUGAGGCCGCGUACAUGGUGGGACCCCUGCGCUGCCAUGGCGACCAAAACUUUUGGAACGCUGCGUAUUUCGACAAAGAGACGUCGUACCUUCACUUCCCCACGUUUCACGGAGAGCUGAACGCAGACAUCUCCUUCUUCUUCAAAACCACCGCUGCCUCCGGAGUGUUCCUGGAAAACCUGGGAAUCAAGGACUUCAUCCGGAUUGAGCUCAGAUCCCCCUCAGAGGUGGUGUUCUCGUUGGAUGUGGGGAACGGUCCACUGGAGGUCCUCGUCUCCACGGCGACGCCCCUGAACGACGACCGCUGGCACCGCGUCCGAGCGGAGAGGAACGUGAAGGAGGCCUCACUCAGGGUGGACCUGCACCCACAGAGCACCCACAGAGCACCCGCAGACGGACACCUCCACCUGCAGCUCAACAGCCAGCUCUUCAUAGGAGGCACAGCGUCGCGGCAGAAGGGUUUUCUGGGAUGCCUUCGCGCUCUGCAGCUGAACGGAGAGACUCUGGACCUGGAGCAGAGGGCCAGGAUGACGCCCGGGGUCAGAGCCGGGUGCCCGGGUCACUGCAGCACCUACGGGACCCUCUGCAAGAACCAGGGCCAAUGUGUGGAGAGGGACAGAGGCUUCUAUUGUCAGUGUUCAGCCUCUGCUUUUACUGGAGCCUUCUGCCACCAAGAGGUGUCGGCCAUCUUCCAGCCCUCCACGUCGCUGCUGUUUUCCCUCAGUGACCCGUUCGACUGGGGCAGUGAGUCCGAGGAGCAGAACUCACCUGGAGAGAACAUGUCUCUGAGCUUUAGGACCAGCCACAGCCCGAACAUGCUGCUCUACGUCGCCUCCUACAGACAGCACAUCGCCCUGCUCAUCAACAAACAGGAGGAGCUGGAGGUGCGGUACGCUCUGGACGGCGGCCGAGACACGCAGCUGUGGCGGAGCUCGGGAGCAGGGCUGUGCGAUGGACGACUCCACCGCGUGUCUGUGAACAGGACCAUGGACACACUGUUCAUUCAGAUCGACCAGGGCCACACGGAGAUCUUCAACCUCACACCGGGAGCGGAGCUGAGCAGCGCCGAGACUAUCGUCCUGGGCAGAGUUCACGAUGUGGAGGACUUGGACCCUGAGUUUGCGGCUGUUGCGUCUCGGGGCUUUAGUGGCUGUCUGUCUGCUGUUCGAUUCAACUCCAUCACUCCUCUGAAGGCUGCCCUGAUGACCUCUGACCCCGCCGUCACCGUCAGCGGCCCAUUGGUCCAUUCAAACUGCGCCUCCGCCUCCUCAGCCAAUCCCUACGCAGCAGAGACCACCCACUCCUUAUCUGACCAGCCGAGCUCAGUGGAUCCCGGUCAGCCUUUAGUCAACACCAUCAGAAGUGACUCGGCUCUCAUCGGAGGUGUAAUCGCCGUUGUGAUCUUCAUCGCCGUGGCAGCGCUGGUCGUCAUGGCGCGUUUCGUCUGUAGCCGUAAGGAAACGUACCGGACCCAACAAGUGAAAUCGUCCCAGUCUGAAGACGGACACGAAUUCCCCUUCAGCAGCAGCCAGGCCGACUCCCAAACAGCCCCCAACGAAAACCCCAACGAGUACUUCAUCUAG